AUGGUGUCUUUCGAAGAAGCUUUUGAACAAACUGGUCAUGGGGUGUUCAAUUACGUCGUAUUGGCGACAUGUGGACUGGUGUUGAUGUACACGAAUGUGGAGUCGUUGGGUAUAGGGUACGUGAUGGCGGCGGCUGAAUGUGACCUGAAGCUGUCCAGCACGGAGAAGGGUAUGGCUAAUGCUGCUGCUUUCAUUGGUAUAGUGUCAACCGCAAUAUUCUGGGGCUACCUCAGUGACCAGUACGGCAGACGAGCGAUCAUGCUGCCAGCUAUUGCUUCAAGUUGCAUCGCUUCAUUUGCGUCCUCGUUCGCCACUAACUUUUUGUGUCUGUUCUGCCUCAGGUUUUUCACUGGAUGUUUGGUUUCUGCGUCUAGUGCAACCGUGUAUGCAUAUCUUGUGUUAGCUUGGGUAAUAAUGGCUGGAACGUGGUCAUUUCAUUUGGCCAAAGUGAAAGUGGUACCCUGGCGAGUGUUCAUGUGGUCUUGGUGUAUUCCUGGCAUCGUGGCGGCAAUCAUACUGGUCAUCUUGCCGGAGAGUCCCAGAUUCUUGUUCUCUGCAUAUGGUCAGGACAGUACCAUUCCAGUGCUUGCUAAAAUAUAUGCAUGGAACACUAAGAAGAAAAAGGAAGAGUUUCCUUUGUUGCUAGCCACUCGAUUGAUUGCUUUUAGAUCAAGUGGCAUGUACACUUGGAUGCCUAUAAUGCUAAACGAGAUGCUGUUUAAAAUUGGAACGCCAGUCAAUAUGUGCACGAUCAUGAAUGAGAAAGAAGAAACAAAGACAGCAGCUUGUCAACGAACCAAGAUCCACGCUUUGUUGUACCCAGUAUCUGUCAUCAUGGGGAUGGUGUGUGCCGUCACCUACGUCAGCAUAGGUUACAUCAUGGCCAAGAUAGGAUUCAGUUCAAAUGUUGAUAUGCACAGGUUGGUUGCUGAUAGUAUGCUCCCUGAUGUUGUUGGCUUCAAGCCUAGUCCCGCAGCUUGUGGUGGCUCUGCUGUUGCUCAUUAG